AUGGCAUAUGAAGUAAUAAACCAGAUUUCUGUGACCACAUUCAUCUUGGUGGGCUUCUCAGAGUAUCCAAAGCUCCAAAUACCUCUCUUCCUCCUGUUCUUGACCAACUACUCAGUGACAGUGAUGGGGAACCUGGGCAUACUUGUGGUUGUAAGGAUCAAUCCCACAUUUCACACACCCAUGUACUUUUUUCUCAGCCAUCUUUCAUUUUUGGAUAUAUGUUAUUCUAGUGUUUUUACACCCAAACUGUUGCAGAUCUUGGUUAUGGAAGACAGAACCAUUUCUUUCAAAGGAUGCAUGACACAACUUUUCUUUAUUUGUACAUUUGUGAUUACAGGAAUGUUCAUGUUAGCGGUGAUGGCCUAUGACAGGUUUGUGGCUGUUUGUAAUCCCUUACUCUACACAGUUGUGAUGCCUCAUAAGUUCUGUGCUCUGUUAGUAGCUGUGACUUACAUGUUGGGUAGACUGUGUGCUGUGAUACUCAUAUAUACUCUUUUGCCACUAUCAUACUAUGAAUACGGCAUCAUCAAUCACUUUGGUUGUGAGUACUCUGCCGUCAUCUCUGUAUCUUGCUCUGACUCCUCCUUUAGGCAGAUGACAUGCUUAACCAUUUCUAUAUUUAGUGAGUCUUCGAGUGUUCUGAUUACUUUAGCCUCGUAUGUGUUCAUAGUCGUCACUAUUAUUAAGAUGCCUUCCAAAGGAGGACUACGAAAAGCCUUCUCCAACUGUACUUCCCACCUGACUGCCAUCACAAUCUUCCAUGGGAUCAUACUCCUCUUCUAUAGGGUUCCCAACUCAAAAAGCUCUGUUUCUAUGCCAGUACUAUGA